AUGAAUAUACCUGUUCAGUUCAUGAUUUUAAAAGCAAAAUUAACAUACAUAUAUAACUUGUUUUUCAACAAUAGUAGUAUACCUAAAGAUGAUGAUAUAAAUCUGGCUACUGAGGACAAGAAAAGUGCAACAUCGGCUCUUAAAGAUCGUGAACAGAGGUGGCUAGCAACAGAAGUUAACGAUCUUGCUAAAACUCUAAUCAAGGACAAAGAAUUGAAAAAUGCUUUAUGGAGAUUAUUUCUGCAAGAAAUAGAAGAGGAUGCCCAGGUUAUGACUGAACGUAAACUGACAUGUUUGAGCAAUACCUGUUAUGAAGGUUUGGCUCAUGAUAACCACUAUAGUAGUAUAACCAAGGAAUUUGGUCUUAUCUAUGGAAUUUUAAUGAAGCGACGGUACAAGGACCUUUCUCGCAUUCAAAUAGUCAUGGCUAUGGUUCUUGCAGAUGAAAAGGUUCACCAAAAGGUGUAUGACAGACUUCAAACAGUUGGUGUUACUGUGUCACACAGCACCGUGCUGAAAGUUCAGCAGCAGAUUGGCGGCAAGUUUAAUGCAGAACUCAUUGAUGCUGUUAAAUCAGGUAUGCGGUUCCGUAUUGUGGGCGACAAUGUCAAUUUCAAGGUUGGAGUGAGUCGGCAAAGGGACGACAAAGUGGGCCAUAUGGAACAUUGGUUUGGGUCUGCAGCAAUCAUACAGCACACAAAUUUCAACAAUUUUGCCAUGCAAAGUCCACAGAAGCCACUCUUGCAGAUGCCACCCAUGAUACCUUUGCCCCUACUUUGUAAAAAUGAGCAGAAGUAUGCAGAGGUUGUUGAUGUGUUAGACAGUUAUGAACAACUUAUUGAAGACAUUUACACAAAACCUGUUAUUCAAGUGAAUUACGCUACAAAGGUUCAUAUAGGUGGAGACCAGCUCACCAGAGAGCGUUUUUCUGGUGCAAAACGAUUAAGGGCUACUGCUCUUAGUAGCAGAGAGAAAUUUCAACAUCUGACACCUAUAACAUUUGAGUUUUUUCAUCUGCAGAUGAACUUUCUCAAUAUGAUUCACAAACUGUUGUACAACAAGGACAGUACUGAGGCCGGCACAUUGCAUGCUGAGAAAAUCAAAUUGAGGCGUUCACAAGUAUCCGAGGAUGUGAAAAAUAAUUAUCAUAUUAUCUGUCACCAAUGGGCAUGUUAUAUCUGCAGUUCUCAAGCACUUUGA